AUGCGGAAUGCUCGGAGCCCUUCACCUGCUCUGGGAGGAACCCAGGAGUCCAGGCCCUCGGGACCCAAGCCCCCUUCUCGAGCCCUUGCCGCUCCGCUUCUCUUCUCCCCGGGAGCCUUAUCAGGCUUCAGAUCCGGGACACAGGGACGCACUCCGGAGGGACUGCCGCCCUUCCAAGUCCGGCAAGAGUCGGGCCCCCUGAUCGCCCCUGGGCGGGAAGAGUCCCCGUGUCUGGGCCCUCAGGGGAUACUGGGCCUCGUGAUGCGGCGGAUCCGCGCCAGCGUGAACCCUAAAGGAGAUGCGGACUUGUCGCAGUACGUGGCAGGAUGGAGGGAGUUCCUAACUCUCCUCGGCUCCAUCUUCGCCUACGCCACAAGCGAGGCCUUCACCAAGGUGGCAGCCCUCGAGGCUCGGGUGCGGGCGGCCCUGGAGGCGUGGGAGCGGCGCGCGGGCGGAGCUGCUGGAGCGGCCCGGGACCAUCCCCCGGACUCGGCCCGGUCCUCGGGCUCACGGACGCUGCUCUUGCUGCACCGUGCGCUGCGCUGGUCCCAGGUCUGCCUCCCGGGAAGCCCGGACGCCGGCGUGCAGUGCGGCGGCGCCUACCGCACGGUCCUGGCCCCGCACCACCCCCGGCUCCUCCGUCAGGCAGCCCGCCUCGCAUUCCUCGCCUUCCCGGGACGCGGCCGCUGGCUCGAGCAGGAGUCUGGGAACAGAGAGGCGGAGGCGCGGGCCGCCGGCACUGAGGAUGUCUACGACCGCACCCGGGGACUGCUGGCCGAACGCGAUCUGCUCCAGCCGGCCUAA